AUGGCAUCAACAUAUAGGUCCACUCGUUGCGCCACCGAUCAAACUUUGUCGUUUGAGGAUGUCGUUAUGACUGGCUUGGCUCAUGACGGUGGCCUUUUCGUCCCGUCUACCAUACCAAAAUUGAACACCACCGUGCUUGAAGAGUGGGAACAUCUCAGCUUCAAUGAGUUAGCUUACGAGGUGAUGCGUCCCUAUAUUUCGAGAGAUGAGAUCCCCGAGAGCGACCUCCGUGACUUGAUAAGCAAGUCUUACUCGUCUUUUAGGAGUACCCAAGUCACUCCACUCAAAGAAUUGAACAAGAAGCAAGGCCUUUAUUUAUUAGAAUUAUUUCAUGGCCCUACCUAUGCUUUCAAAGACGUUGCUUUACAGUUUGUGGGGAACCUAUUCGAAUACUUUUUAGAAAAGCAUAACAGAGGAAUUGACGACGAAGGACAUAAAAAGAAGAUCACUGUUGUGGGUGCAACUUCUGGAGAUACUGGCUCUGCCGCUAUUUAUGGUUUAAGGGGCAAAAAGAACGUAUCUGUCUUCAUCUUAUAUCCGACGGGCCGUGUUUCACCUAUCCAGGAGGAACAGAUGACAACUGUGGAGGACGCUAAUGUACACACAUUUUCUGUUAAUGGAACGUUUGAUGACUGUCAGGAUAUUGUGAAACAAAUAUUUGGAGACCGGGAUUUUGACCAGAAGUACAACGUCGGAGCUGUGAAUUCGAUCAAUUGGGCCCGUAUAUUGGCGCAAAUGACGUACUAUUUCUAUUCAUUUUUCCAAUUAAAGAAAUUGUUAGGACCUGAUGAAGAAAACUCCAAGGUGAGAUUCGUUGUCCCCUCUGGUAAUUUUGGUGAUAUUCUAGCAGGAUUUUACGCUAAAUCAAUGGGUUUACCUAUUGACAAAUUGAUUAUCGCCACAAAUGAAAAUGACAUCUUGGACAGAUUCUUGAAGCUGGGAAAGUAUGAAAGAGGUGGAGAAGUGAAAGCUACCUUCUCACCUGCGAUGGACAUCCUUAUUUCAUCUAACUUUGAACGGUUACUAUGGUACUUAAUUCGCGAUAAUCUGGCUAGCAAAAGCGACAAUGAGGCAGGUAGAGUUCUAGUCGACUGGAUGCAGCAGUUGAAGAUUUCUGGCUCGUUUAGCGCGACCGAUCUAGUUGUUCAACAGGCAAGAAAGGACUUCGAGUCCGCAAAAGUAACGGAUAAUGAGACCAUUACAACGAUAAGGGAGGUUUACGAUUCUGAUACAACAAAGUAUGUUUUAGAUCCGCACUCUGCCAUUGGUGUGAAAGCUACCUUCGACUUCAUGAAUCAAGACAUCGAGGAAAACCUCAAGAACAUCAAAUACAUCUCUUUAGCGACAGCACACCCAGCAAAAUUUUCAGAGGUCGUGGACAAGGCUCUUCUGUCUGUGGAGGGCUAUUGCUUUGAGAAGGAUGUUUUGCCUGAGGAACUUAAGCAACUAUCGGAGAAAAAGAAACGAAUUACCUUAAUCGACGAUGUUUCCGUCGAGCAGGUGAAGAGAAAAAUCAUUGAAAAAUUAUCUUAG